AUGUCUAAAAUAAAAAACAAGGAAGUUUUACUUGCAAGUGACAGCGCCAUAUUUUGGUUUACAUUUGAUCUUCCACACCAUAGAGCUGGUGGAAAAGCUGGUAAAGACUCAGGAAAGGCAAAAGCCAAGGCAGUUUCCAGAUCUGCUAGAGCAGGACUUCAGUUUCCUGUUGGUAGGAUACAUAGACAUUUAAAAAAUCGCACAACAAGUCAUGGUAGAGUAGGUGCCACUGCAGCUGUUUACAGUGCAGCAAUAUUGGAAUAUCUUACAGCUGAAGUUUUGGAAUUGGCUGGAAAUGCAUCUAAAGACUUAAAAGUAAAAAGAAUAACUCCAAGACAUUUACAAUUGGCAAUAAGAGGAGAUGAAGAAUUAGACAGCUUGAUAAAAGCAACAAUCGCAGGUGGUGGUGUCAUACCUCACAUUCACAAAUCAUUAAUUGGCAAAAAAGGUAAGAAGACAUAA